UUCGCUUCAGUAUGGAUUUCAAAAGCGGUGAGGCUACUUGUUUGUUUCGCGCGUGUUAUCAAUUCAAAGACGAUAGUGUUUGAUUUGAUGUCGUUUCAAUUUUAAUUUGUGAAAAAUGACUGCUCUUUUGAAAAAUGUGACGAACUGUAUAUGGUAUGCGUUUGAUUCGUUGCAAAAUAAUGACGUUGUACACAAAUCUAAAUUAAAGGUACUAACCGCAAACAUAGGCACCCUACUUGACCUGUACGGCGUGGAAAAAGGUCUGGACCACUUCAGGUCAUCCCAGGAGUUGACAUUCGACGAGUUCAAAUACUAUCUCCAGCACGAAGUCUUCAGUUCCCUGCCGAAGACGGUAACUCUGCCUAUCAUCAGGGAAUAUGAGAAGAAAAUAAGCGAGGUGUGCUGGCUGGUCUGCCGUAAGCGUCUCCUCUUUAGGGACAAGUCGGUUUUCGGAGACGACUCCGUUUUCAAGCUCUUCAGGAUAUUCUGUCUUCUCGCUGACUUGGUUCAAGACGCUGACGACACCAAUCGAUAUGUGGUAGUCCUGCACCCUUCCGAAGCAGGAAUCGUGGCGGAACAACUGGUCCACUGCCUCGGUCUGCGCUGGGAUGCCGCUGACUGGGAGGCCCUCGGUUCUUCCAUAGGCCACUUCAAAUGGGCCGCCUUUCUGGCAGUCCUAGAGGCGAAGUACUGCUGCGACCAGCAACUACACAGCCUAGCCUUGAUAGAGGCUGUCGAUGAAAUUUAUGAUGUUUUCAUUGAGGAUAUUAUUAAGAAGGGUUACCUAUUAAAACGAGGAUAUCUCUUACCAACGAUGCGUGAAUACUGGUGCGUGCUUCAGCCCUGCGCCCUCACAUACUACAAGAGCUCGUCGCAGAAGGAGCAAUGCGGCAGGAUCGUCAUAGACGAGUACUGUUCGGUGGAAGCAUCGGCAGGAGACGGGAAGAUACAGCGCUUCCAACUCAUCACACCUGAUCGGACUUUUGAGUUCGGCACUCAGGAUCAUAAAAGUCGCCUCCAAUGGAUAUCGUCGUUGCGUCAAGCGACCGCAGUCUCGGGUGGUGCUGAAGGCUAUCAGCGCAGAGCGAGGGCUGGGAGAAGAGGAGCUGGGGCCAGGAGAGAGAAGGAAGCACGAGAAACGAAAGCCAGACUGCAGCAUGAAGUUAGAGCCAGACUAGCAGCUGAAGCACAAGCACAGGAACUAGCAGAGCUAUGUGAACAGGACAACAAGAAGCUAGAAGAACUGAGAAACGCACAAAUCGAACUCGAGAAACUGUUGCAGGAGGAGACCCAGGCCAAACGAGACGAAGAGAUUGUAAGGGCCCUACAAGCAAGAGUAUUAGCCGAAGAAUGGGAAAGGCGCGAAGAAUUAGAACGUUUGCAAGAAGAACAAAACAGAAUGCUGGAAGAAGAAAGAAUGAAACGUAAACAAUUCGAAAUUUUACAGGCAGAGAAAGAAGCACAAUAUAAAGAAGCGGCACAGCGUUUGAAAGACCUUGAAGAUGAGAAGCAGAGGCUGGACGCUGAACUGAAAGCGGCUCAGGAGAAGAUAUCGAAGACUGAACUAACGGCGCACGCGCUACAUGUACAAUUGAGGGAUCUGAGUCCGGCGUUACGUAACGGGGAGAGAGCGAGACGGGCUGUGUCCUUCGUGCCGACCACGAAGAGCUCAUCCGACACCCUCAUCGACAUCAAAGCCAUCCGCCACUCGAAGGUGAUCGAUAACAAUGAAAACGUUUGAUUAAAAAACUAGUAGUUAAUUUUUGAAGUGAAACUUCUAUUGCGACUUCCAACAAGGUUGCGUUAAACGUUUAACGCUACAAUGGAAUAGAAAGAGACAGAGCGAGAGUGAAUGCGUGACACUCGAACGCAUGUGCGUAGUAUAACUGUUACAGCGCGAGCGUUAGCAACGAGUAGCAUCCACUAUUUUAAUGAAGUAUUGAAAAAAAUAUAUACAUAUAUUUAUGUUUCUAUGUAUAAUUAAAAAUAUAUAUAAUAGAAGAUGUCGCAUAUCUUAUACACAUCAUUCCCUAUUACAAGACCAAUCUGAUUGAUGGAUGAAAAAUGAAGAAAACCACAAUACUACACAUCGAAAAAGAAGUUUCACUUCAUUCACGCGCACCGUUUUUUUUUUUUUUGCUUGUAUCUCAAUAGUGUUGUAUCACAUAGUGUUGUAGUACUCAAUAGUUAUGUGUUGUGUCCUAUAAUAAUAUAUUUUUUGUUAAUGUCAUCAUACUGGUAGUAGGGGAUGUUGGGUCGGGGUUGGGACACUCGUUUAAACAACAAUUUUCAUGAACUCAGACCUCAGACCUCACGUCUCAAGGUGGGUCGUUCACGUUAUAGCAUCUAUGCAAUAUCGGUGACCGCGACUGACAAAAAUAUAGAACACAAUUUUCUUCGAUUACACAAGUUAAGGAGCUCACGGUCUACCUAGUUAAGUACCGGAGCCCAUAGACAACAACAAAGUAAAUUCCGUCACCCACCUUGAGACAAAAUCUAAGUCGCAGUUCUAUACAACGUCUGCCCCACCCUUCAAACUGGAAGGCUUUACUGCUUCGUGCCAGAAAUGGGCAGGGUAGUGGUACCUACCCGCGCGGGCUGACAAACUUGCUGGACGGCAAAUAAAACUGUUUUAUUUGAACUUGCCUUACUGUCCACUACCCUACUUCUUUAAGCAACCAUUCCGCACACAUAGAAUAAUAUAAUAUAAUAUAAUAUAAUAUAAUAUAAUAUAAUAUGUAUUGCCGAGACGUAAGAUUGAAAUACCUGUACUAACUUGUCAGACAGGUCCCGAACAUUGUCCUAAAUAUGAUUAAAAUCUAUGUGAUUGACGUCAAAAAUAGAUUGGAUUAAAAAUUUGAGCAAUUGAAAUUAUUGCCAGUUUUUAAGUAAAUUAAGUAAAGUUUGUGGAAAAUUCAAUAAAAUCCUCAUUAAGUAAGCGAUACCAUUCAAAGAUGUCGUUGGUGACCCUAAUAAGUGACGCAAAACAUUUGGCAGAUGAGUUGGCGCUCAAAAUCGUCAAUAGACAAAUGAGUUGGCUUCCAAAAGCGGCCAAUUGACAAAUAUUGGUCUAACAUAAAUAUAUAUGUAAGAUAAAAUAAAAAAUGGUGCUUGUAACAUAAAAAGUAAUAUGCAAGACAGCAUAUCUAUAUUCGUGCCUUAGUUGUAUGUGUAAUUAUAUAUCGAGGGGUGAAAAGCAUUUAAAAAGGGGCUUAAGGGCCAUUUUUGCAACUUCACACGAGAGACAUUUAAAGUUUAAAAUUUGGAAAAAAUAUCUUUACGACAAAAACUUCUUCAGCUGUUUCAAUGGAGUAAACUUAAUUAAAUUUCUAUUAAAAACAUCAAAUUUGUUAUCGAAUACUAAUACCAAAUAAAUGGACCUUUAAUUACAAAGAUAAAUGUCGCGCAUUAAAAUAGUUUUCACUCCUCGAUAUAGCAAGACUUGUGUAUUUUAUUGUCUGUUUAUAUCGUAUUUACUCAUGUUUAUUAGAUAAUUUUUAUCUUUUACAGCUUAAAACUUUGAAAUGCACCUUGACAAAAAAAUUCAGUUGUGAUAAAAGUAUCGGCAACCCAAAGUAUGUACCUACUUAAUGUCACAAUGUGUUUAAACGAAAUUAUAAUGUCUUAAAUAUUAUUUCAAAGGUGUAGGUAUCUAAAUUACUUUCUGUAAAACAAAUUUCCGGAUACGUUCUAUGCACCCUCAAAACUGAUAUAAUGUAUCAUGAGACUUGUCGAAUAAUUAAUUACUCUAGAUCCAAAUUCAAAGGCUAUUUUUUUAAGUGGGAAGUUACAUUUCAAUGCGUUUCGGUUUGAAGGGUGGGGCAGCCGUUGUAAUUAUACUUUCUACCUUAAAACUUAUAUCUCAAAGUGGGUGGCACAUUUACGUUAUAGAUGUCUAUGAGCUCCAGUAACCACUUAGAGCCAGGUGGGCUAUGAGCUCCUCCACCCAUCAAAGCAAUAAAAAAAUUAUUCGGAAACGCGAAGUACUUGUGCCUGUAUAUUAUUUACGAAUUAGUUCUGUUGAUUUUAAUUUUUUAAAUUUAUAGAUAUUGUCUCUGUCAAUAAACAAUUGAUCACAUUUCAAGUAUGUUUCUAACAUUUUCCCUUUUUUCUAGAAAGGUCGUGUCCAAAAACUAUUACUAUUAAAAGAAUAUCAAUUAAAAAAAAAUACUCUGUGAAAUAUUUAUUUUGAGUAAAACCAUAUUAUUUUACUGUA